AUGGGAAUGCAAACUGACAAGGUUAGGUUUAAUGUUGGAGGUAAAAUCUUUGAAACAAGUGCAACUACUCUUUCAAGUGCACGCAGAAAUUCGAUGUUUGGAGCUACGUUUGAUGAUGAAUGGAACCUCCAACCAAGACAAGUUAAUGAAGAGUAUUUUAUCGACCGAAACCCGAAUUGCUUUUCUGUUCUUCUUGAUCUUCUAAGAACUGGUGAGCUUUGUGUCCCUCCUCGCGUACCUGAUAAAUUAUUUUACAAAGAAGCUCUUUAUUAUGGUCUUCUAGAUCAUGUUAGAGCGGCAAGGUUUCGCGAAUUGGAUGUCAACCAAUUAAGACUAACGAGUUCGGUUAGGGGUCAAGCUUCUUGCGGUUCUAAUGCCAUUAGAGUAAGUCCUGAUGGCGAUAAUAUUGUGAUCAGUGCUUGCGAAAGAUCUGGACGACAAGACUCUGGUAUUGGUGUUUUCAGUUCGUCAAGCGGUAAUCUAAAGCAUACAUUUCAGCUAAACCAUGAAAAUCAGGUGAAGAGCUUUACUGUUGGAGCUUUAUCUUUCAACUCUGAUGGUAAGAUGUUUGUUGUUUGUAGGGGAACAGGUAUUAACGGAAUUGGAGUUUGGGAUCAAGUUACUGGAGAAGAAACGGAUUUUUUCCAUAAAACACUACGUGAGCCUCUCUGUAAUGCAAACAAGAUUCAAUGCUUCAAUGGAAGUAACUGCUUGUUGCUUUUUGAUUUGUUAACAUUGAAUAGUAAGAAAAAUAUAUCAGUCUUUUGGAUUUUAGAGAUAAAAGUAAGGUUUGGUAUAAUACCCCAGUAA